AUGUGCAUAUUCAAUUGUGACUAUUUUACUGUUUUUCAGUUUGUGAAGAAAUAUGGGAACAUUUUUAGCCUGGAUUUCGGUGACUUGUCUUCAGUUGUUAUAACUGGAUUGCCCUUAAUUAAAGAAGCCCUUGUCCACCAGGACCAAAACUUUGUGAACCGCCCCGUAACCGCUAUCCGAGAACGUGUCUUUAAGAAAAACGGAUUGAUCAUGUCCAAUGGCCAGGUAUGGAAGGAGCAAAGAAGGUUUGCCUUGACAACGCUAAGGAACUUUGGUUUAGGAAAGAAGAGCUUAGAGGAACGCAUUCAGGAGGAGGCCCACCACCUCAUCCAGGUAAUAGAAGAGGAGAAUGGACAGCCUUUUAACCCUCACUUCAAGAUCAACAAUGCAGUUUCCAAUAUCAUUUGCUCCGUCACCUUUGGAGAGCGUUUUGAGUACCAGGAUGAUCAGUUUCGAGAACUACUGAGGUUGCUGGAUGAGGUCACCUGUCUGGAGGCAUCAGUGCGGUGCCAGCUCUACAAUGUCUUUCCACGGAUAAUGAAGUUCCUUCCUGGACCCCACCGAACACUCUUUAGCAACUGGGAGAAACUGAAAUUGUUUGUUGCCCGUAUGAUUGAAAACCACAAGAGAGAUUGGAAUCCUGCCGAAACAAGAGACUUUAUUGAUGCUUACCUCAAGGAAAUAGAAAAGGUGAGGAUACCAAAGUUGUUUCCUAUGUUUUGUUCUUAA